AUGCAGCGUUUUAGUUCAGUCUCUAGAAGAUUCAUGUCUAGCAAAGUUUCAUCUUUCAAAUCACUGGUUUACUCGAGUCACGAUGCUCAGGACUGUACUAAGGUUCUCACUUUGCACACGUACAAAGCGAAAGGAGAAUCAGAAAAGUCUAUACUAUUGCGGACAUUGGCAUUUCCUAUCAAUCCCUCGGAUAUAAAUCAGUUAGAGGGAGUGUACCCUUCUAAGCCGGAAAAAGUGAUGGACUAUGGAACUGAAAAACCAAGUGCCAUCGCUGGUAAUGAAGGGGUGUUUGAGGUGGUAGAUGUGCCUGAUAGUGUCGAUGGUUUGCAAAAAGGCGACAUGGUGAUUCCAUUACAAGCAAAUUUUGGAACUUGGACGAAUUACCGGACAUGUGAAGAUCCCUCGCAACUUGUGAAGGUUCAGGGCAUCGAUCUAAUUACAGCAGCCACAAUUGCUGUGAAUGGUUGUACUGCAUAUCAACUAGUCAACAAUUAUGUAGACUGGGAUCAAAAUGGUAAUGAUUGGCUGAUUCAGAAUGCAGGAACAUCUUCAGUCUCCAAGAUCGUUACACAAGUUGCGAAGGCGAGGGGGAUUAAGACAUUAAGUGUCAUUAGGGACCGUGAAAACUUCGAUGAAGUGGCUUCACAACUUGAGAACGAGCUUGGAGCUACCAAAGUUAUAUCGGAGUCAAAUAACAACGACAAACUAUUCGCUAAAGAAGUUCUGCCAAAGAUCUUAGGGCCAGAUGCUCGCGUGAAGCUUGCACUCAACUCGGUUGGCGGUAAGUCGAGCGCAUCUAUUGCGCGCAAGCUAAGUCCAGACGCCACUAUGCUAACUUACGGGGGAAUGUCGAAGAUGCCGGUCACUUUACCCACUUCACUUUUGAUCUUCAAGAAUUUGAAGUGCCUUGGCUUCUGGAUUACUCAAAACUCUGUGAGAGAUCCUGCAUCCAAGAGGAAGACAAUCGAAGAAGUUUCUAAGCUGUAUGCGGAGGGUAAAAUUGUAUCUCCUGCGAAUGAUGUCAGGAUUCUCGAGUGGGAUACCAACAAAGCUUCUGAUGACGAGGUUUUGAGUCUCAUCAAGGAAGGUAUCACGCACAAGGGCAAGAAAAAUGUCGUUGUUCUUAAAUGGUGA